UCUUACCUGUGGCGCGUGGAUCUCAAUACAACCCGUAUAAACGAAAUUCUACACUGCAUACAUAUUAGCUGCUCAUCGUGUUUGUCGUGUGCGCAUAUGCGGACUGAGCGGAGUUGUUUUGUCCAGAGAACGGUUCGCGCGCAUGCAAUGCUAACAUCGCAAAGGCAAAAUAUUAAAUAUUGCUCAAGGCGCUUACGUUUGAUCCAUAUGAUGUGCUGAUUUUUCCGCUCGUCGACAUACUGGCGGCAGUGUGUUUGGAUUUUUGCAGUUUCACUUUUAUUGUCACAUUUUUCCAUUGUCGUUUGUAGCAAUAUUGUCUUUUACUACAGUUAAUGCGCAAAGUCAUUUAUUUUCCCGAUUUGAUUGUACUCCUUCGCCAUGUGCCGGAUAGGAAUUUUUCACGAUUUUCAUGGAAUCGGAGUGGCAAAUCUCAUUUUCGGGAUAAUGUACAUUAUCCUUCCAGAUCACGCCCUUUUCUCUGACGACACUCAAAAUUUUGUGUUUGAUGACAAAACGGUGGAUUUUUUUCAUGCAUCGGACGCCAUAACGAUAAUCAAUGGAAUCUUCUUCCUGGCGGUGGGAAUCUGUUCAAUGGUACUGGCCCGACGAUGGAUGGAAAGCCUGAAAAUCCGUGUACUGCUGCAAGUGACCUUGGUCUUGGCGAUAAUCAGCGUGGUCAUUUGUCCUAUCACGUUUAUCUUAAAUAUCUUCGGCACCUACGACGCGGCAUACCAAGACUAUGUUAUAAGCCCUAAUGCAGAUGACGGAAGUCCCACAACCACGGUGGAUUCUAACGCUGUCACGGCCAGUCCCGAUACCGGCAGCACGACAGCAUCCAGUAAUCGGGAACAAAUGAAAAUCCAGCUCAGCGUUGUUCUGAAUCUGUUCAUGUUUGCUUCUCGAUUUCUGGAAUAUCGUUACGCCAUAUGUGCGACAUUUGUCUUAAUUGCUUUUGGAGCCUUCUUCAUGAAUAUCGCCUUGAUAGUCAUCAUCUUCAAAACCAAAAAUUUCCAACCAACAAAUUUCACACACACUGCACCGGAGCCGCAUCUCGACACCGUUCCCUACGCGACGGUUAGAAGUAGUGCUAUCAAUUACCGGAAUAUGGACGAUACAAAUGUUGUCAUCCAGCCAUUACCGGAAACACCGGGCGUCGCUCCCGCUCACACUACAACGCCAUCGAUGAAUGCUAUACCCAACGGGAUUAACUUUGUCCAUUAGUGGGUAUUUUGCUUGUGUUUAGUCGUAUUGAAUUACCAUGGCACUUUCAAAUUUGCUGAUGAUUUUCAUCAAAUGAAAUGCAUAAAAAUUAAUACUAACAUAGUUUAUACUUAUUCUAUGCUAUGCUGUACAUUCAUAAAGCCAAAUUGCAACAGAGACGAACAGGUGUGAACUGAACACAACACA